CUAAUAUCGGGCCGAAAUGGGGCAUAGUUCGAAGAAGAAGAAGCGCAGCCAGGGCCGGCGUAGCAAGGGCAGGGCUUCGUCGAAGGAUCAGGACUCUCACGGCGGCGAUGGCAACGACCUUCUUUCAGAGGAAAUAACCGCACUCCGUUGGUGGGCCCAUAAAAAUCAAGAUGGUAUCCUUCCCAGCAAAACCAAGGGUGGCACUUCAUAAAACAGAAGGAAACUUGUCACCAGCGGGGGUAGUAGGACUGAAGGUGGUGGGGAGUUGUCACUUCUGCAAUGCAAGCUUAUACUUCUUUUAGGGUGCAGCCGUUCUUAUAAUAAGAAAAGGUUUGCAAUGAAUUAAUCAGAAUGAAAAAUGGAGACGAUGGAGCCCUUAUGGUCUGGAAUAAUAGAUCUAACAACCUUUUACAAGUAAUGACCAUUAGCAAAGCUGCAUGCCAGUGGCUUAUUAUGCUGCUGCCAUGCAUCCAUUACAACUAGUCUAGUCAAGCUCUGAUGGGCAUAUCUUCUCCACUAGUUUUGCUUAGGUGUGCAAUAUUUCAAGAAGAUUGCAAAGUUGUUUCAGAUUCACCUACUCUAAUUAACAUCAAGCUCAGACCAUACUCAAAGGAUGCAGGCUAUGAGGAUUUAGAUGUUUCUGCUCUUCUCUCAGUGAAGUGUUUAUCUGGCUAUCCAUACAAGUGCCCUAAGCUUCGGAUAACUCCGGAGAAAGGUUUGUCAAAAGCUGAUGCUGAUAGCCUUCUAUCCUUGCUUCAAGACCAGGCUAAUUCUAAUGCUCGAGAAGGUCGUGUUAUGAUUUACAAUUUGGUUGAGGCUGCUCAAGAGUUCUUGUCUGAAAUCGUUCCAAUGGGGCAGCUGCAUAAAUCUGUUCCACACCAGGAAACAGAUAGAAGCGAUCAGUUAUCUCUGAAGGAUGCAGCAGGUUCAUUUAACAAGAGUUCUUAUAGGGGACAUUUUGUUUAUGGCUUCAUAGAUCUUUUCAGUGUCCCUGGUGAGUCAUGGCAUUGGAGUCUUGAGCUCGAAGAUAAUAUACGUGCCCAUGCUCUGGAUGGAUCUAAACAAGGAGAGGUGCUAGAGAAGAAGGUUGACCAGUAUGUGAAACCAUCUGUGAAUCAGGAGACAAAGCAAGCUCCUUUACUUGGUUCAGCUAAACUAGACACUCUGGAAGAAGAGUGUGAAGCUCAUAGUAAGAGCUUAUCUUCCAGUGAUACAAGUAUAUCAGCAUCAGGGGGAUCAGUUGGCAACUGUUCCACUGAUGUGACUAAGGAUUAUUUUUUUCACGAUCAUCCUGAAGAAAGUAAUGAUGAGGAUUUAGAUAGUAAGUCUUCAGAAUCAGCAUCUUCUGAUUAUUUGGUCCCUAAUGAAUUAUCUCAGGACAUGGAAAGAGAUUUGAUUCUGGCUCACCUUAUUCGCCUUUCUUGUGCAUCAAAAGGACAGCUAGCUGAUGCUUUACCUGAAAUAACAUCUGAGCUAUACAAUCUAGGUAUCAUUUCAGAAAGAGCGCAGGAUUUAGCUACUAAACCAUCUACACUCUUUGACCAAACUUUUAAUCAUGCUUUUGCUCAGCGAAUGGCCUCAUCUAAAAUCUCUCAAUUCUGGAAAACUGCUUCUAAUUAUGGAGGUCAGAAUGCUUCAUCUGUUCCAAGUUCUCGAUAUCUCAAUGACUUUGAAGAGCUGCAACCCCUUGGUCAUGGGGGAUUUGGUCUUGUUGUACUGUGCAAGAAUAAGCUAGAUGGAAGACAGUAUGCUGUCAAGAAGAUUCGAUUGAAAGAUAAAAGUCCACCAGUUAAUGACCGAAUACUACGAGAAGUAGCUACUCUUGCCCGGUUGCAGCACCAGCACAUUGUGCGUUACUAUCAGGCAUGGUAUGAGACAGGAUUUUCUGGUUCCUAUGCUGAUGCGACAUGGGGCUCAAAGACUGCAGAGAGCUCCAGUUUUAGUUAUUUGGGUCCAAGUUCUGCAGAUAAUGAGAAUAAGCUUGAAUCUACGUAUCUUUAUAUUCAAAUGGAGUAUUGCACAAGGACCCUGAGGCAGAUGUUUGAAUCUUAUAAUCAUUUUGACAAGGACUUAGCAUGGCAUCUGUUUCGCCAAAUUGUGGAAGGCUUGGUACAUGUCCAUGGGCAGGGAAUUAUCCAUCGUGAUUUGACUCCUAAUAACAUCUUUUUUGAUGCCCGCAAUGAGAUCAAAAUUGGAGAUUUUGGUCUUGCUAAGUUUCUGAAGCGAGAACAACUGGACCAGGAUCCAGAUCCUGCAGAAAUGGCUGGAGUUUCUUUAGAUCGUACUGGCCAAGUUGGUACCUAUUUUUACACUGCACCUGAAAUUGAGCAAGGGUGGCCAAAGAUUGAUGAAAAGGCUGACAUGUACAGCUUAGGAGUUGUCUUCUUUGAGCUAUGGCACCCAUUUGGAACAGCUAUGGAGAGGCAUAUUGUUCUUUCUGAUCUUAAGCAGAAGGGUGAACUUCCUCCAGCAUGGGUUGCUGAAUUUCCAGAUCAGGUAUCCUUAUUACAGCGCUUGAUGUCCCCAAGUCCUUCAGAUCGUCCAUCUGCCACUGAACUACUCCAACAUGCUUUUCCUCCUCGGAUGGAAUAUGAAUUGUUAGACAAUAUUUUGCAAACAAUGCAUACUUCAGAAGACACCGGUGUUUACGAUAAAGUUGUGAAUGCUAUAUUUAAUGAGGAGAUUCUAAGCACCAAAGACCAUGAUGAGAAUGUCAGAAGAUUAGUUUUGGCUAGAAAUGAUACUUCAUCUAUCCAGUACACAGAUUUUGACACUGAAAUCCGAGACCAGGUUGCCGCAGUAGCAGUGGAAGUAUUCAGACAGCAUUGCGCUAAGCAUUUGGAGAUAAUACCUAUGAGGUUGCUGGGAGAUUCUCCACAGCUAAAUAGGAGUGCUGUCAAACUUUUGAGUCAUGGGGGAGACAAGAUAGAGCUUUGCCACGAGCUGCGAUUACCCUUUGUGAAUUGGGUUGUUGCAAACCAGAAAUCAUCUUUCAAACGUUAUGAAAUAUCAUAUGUUUAUCGGAGAGCAAUUGGUCAUUCACCACCAAAUCAUUACCUUCAGGGGGAUUUUGAUAUUAUUGGAGGUGCAUCAGCUUUGACAGAGGCAGAGGUCAUCAAGGCAACAAUGGACAUCAUGAAUCGGUUUUUUAAUUCAGAAUUAUGUGAUAUUCAUCUAAAUCAUGGAGAACUACUGGAGGCAAUUUGGUCUUGGGCAGGAAUAAAGGUAGAACAUAGGCAGAAAGUGGCAGAGCUUUUGUCGUUGCUAGGCUCUUUGCGUCCUCAGUCAUCUGAAAGAAAGUCAAAAUGGGUGGUGAUAAGACGGCAACUUCGACAGGAACUCAAUCUUGCAGAAGCUGCUGUAAAUAGGUUGCAGACAAUAGGGCUAAGGUUUUGUGCAGUUGCAGACCAGGCCCUUCCUAGGUUGCGAGGUGCCCUUCCUGCUGACAAAUUUACGCGCAAGGCACUUGAUGAAUUGUCAGAGCUCUUCAGCUAUCUAAGAGUGUGGAAAAUUGAGAAACAUGUGUUCAUUGAUGCCCUUAUGCCACCAACUGAGAGUUAUCACAAUGAUUUGUUUUUUCAGAUAUAUUCAAGGAAGGAGAAUAAUCCUGCAUCACUUAUGGAAGGGACAUUGCUUGCUAUUGGUGGUCGGUAUGACUACCUGCUUCAUCAAAUGUGGGCUAGUGAUUACAAAUCAAUUCCUCCUGGUGCUGUUGGGGUCAGCAUUGCCCUUGAGACAAUAAUUCAGCAUUCUUCUGUGGAUAUCAGACCAUUUAGAUAUGAUGUGAGCAUUAGUGUACUAGUUUGUUCUAGAGGAGGUGGUGGCUUACUGGAAGAGCGCAUGGAACUAGUCGCCGAACUGUGGGAGGAGAACAUUAGGGCUGAGUAUGUUCCUGUGUCUGAUCCAAGCCUGACAGAACAGUAUGAAUACGCGAACGAGCAUGAUAUUAAGUGCCUUGUCAUCAUAAGAGAUACCAAUGUGUCCCAAAAAGAUUCAGUUAAGGUCCGUCAUCUUGAGCUAAAGAAGGAGAAGGAAGUUGAAAGAGAAGACCUUGUCAAGUUUCUAGAAGCAAUGGCAGCACAAUCCAAAAAUCCAUCAAUUUGGAACAAGACGAGGGCUUCUGAUUCAAUUUGGAACCCAAUGCAACCCUGAGGACAUUCCUUCCCUUGUCAGUUGAACUUAAGAUCUGCACCGACAUGCACCUAAUUAUGGUCCCCUCCAAAGAACAACCAACAGAUGCUGAAAACCAGCCAACAUAAUAUGUUCAUCAACAGAGCAACCCAACAAAUACUGAAAAGAGUUGCCCUGAAAGGUAAAGGAAAUCAGGCAAUCAGUUUUGCGGCUUCAUUUUUGCACAUUUCAGCAGUUCUUCUGUAUAUUUUUUUCUCAUUACAGUGUUGUAAAUUUGUGUGGGCAAAAUAGCACAUUCUGCCAAAUAAACAGGCUAGAGAGAUUUUUACUUGUAUAUUACAGUUUUGACAAUAAAACAAUGAGAAUUUCUUCA